AUGAAGUUCUUCCAUCUCUGGCCCGUGGCACUCUCAUUGUGCUCCGCCAUCGUCAUCCCCGAUGAGCAGGUCCUCGGUAAUAUCGCAAAGAUCGAUACACACCACAGGGAUAGCAAUAGCCAGAGGGAGUCACCAUCGUUCUUCGGCUCCAUCCAUGAUGUCGCAAUUGACUUCCGAAACGCCCUGGAUGAAGCCCUCGACUCCGCCUCGGACGCCGCCUCGGACGCCUUCAACACCGAGCGACUGCAGACCAGCGCCUUCGAGGCCUCCUCCUGGAUCACCAACUUUUUCAAGUAUCCCAUCGACGCAGAGAAUCUGCCAAAGGACCUCAGGCAGCUGCCCCAAUAUCUGCAUCCCCGUCGGCCCCUCCCGCCUCACCACCCGUCCUUCAACAAGACCAUUUACGAGCUGAUCAAAUCCAGCAAGUACACCACCAUCCUGGCCAAGAUCAUCGACGAGGACGAUGAACUCGUCCAGUUCCUGAACAGCACCAAGGCAAACCACACCGUCUUCGCGCCCACCGACAAGGCCUUUGCCAAGAUCCCGCAUCACCACUGUAGGCAUGACCAUGACCAUGACCAUGACCAUGAUGAUGACAACGACGACGACGACCAUAAGCACCACAAGAUUCCUAAGGAGGUGAUCGGCAGAGCUUUCCGCUACCACACCGCACCAGGCCGCUACUCUGCUUCAGACAUCUUCCACAGCCAUACCAUCCCGACGAUUCUGAACGAGUCCACCCUGGGUCCCGACCUUCCGCAGCGGCUGGCCGUCCGCGUGGGAUGGAAGGGCCUCAAGCUGAACUUCUACAGCCGCAUCAUUGCCGCAGACAUUGGCGCCACAAAUGGCAUCAUCCACGGCAUCGACGCCAUCCUCCUCCCGCCCCCAGAAACGCUCACCCUCCUCACCAUCAUCCCCUCUGAAUUCAGUACCUUCACCCUGGCCCUGCACAAGACCGGCCUCGCCGCCACCCUCAACGGCACCGCCACCCCGCACCACCACGGCGGCACCAUCUUCGCCCCGUCUAACUCCGCCUUCCACCGGCUAGGCUUCAAGCUCAACGCCUUCCUCUUCUCCCCGCACGGCGAGAGAUACCUCCGCGCCCUACUGCAGUACCACAUCGUCGCCAACCGCACCCUCUACUCCGACGUCUUCUACACCGCAGACGGCAAGAUCGAGCCCUUCGGCGUGAAGGGCUUCACCCACAUUGAUCUGCCCACCCGCCUGCACGGCCGCAAGCUCGCCGUCGACCUCGCCCGCUUCGGCCCCUAUGCGUCUCUGAAAAUCAAUGGCUUCCAGCGCGUCGCCUUCGCGGAUGCCCUCGCCAAGGACGGCACGGUGCAUGUCGUCGACCACGUUUUGAUCCCGCCCCGGAAGGUCGAUGGGUCAGCGCCUAAUUGGACGGGUCAUGACGAUGAGUUGACCGUGGAGGAUCUGAAAAGUCGUCUUGGAGAUUGGUUGGACGAGGAACAGGAACAACAACAGGAGAAGCAGCGAGAUACAGUGGGUGUGUUGGAUGAUAUGCUGGGACAUACAUUUGAGUUGUAA